AUGAAGGGUGUGAUGAGGUCUGGGAUGAAGAUCAAGCUCAGUCCUAGGUUCAUCGGCCCCUUCGAGAUUCUUAGUCGUGUAAGGGAGGUAGCCUAUGAGUUGGUUUUGCCUUCAAUCAUAUUGGAUAAGAACUUGUCUUAUAAGGAAGAGCCUAUUGCUAUCCUAGAUAGAGAGGUUCGUAAGUUGUGGUUUAAGAAGAUUACAUCAGUGAAGGUUAGGUGGAAGAACCGCUCCGUUGGGGAAGCUACUUGGGAGAAUGAAUCAAAUAUGCAUAAUAAUUACCCCCAGGUUUUCACUGAGUCAGGGCCUCAGAUUGAUGUUGGGAUUUUGGGUGAAAAACCAGAGCUCACUGGUCGGAUGUGA